CGGCCUGCCAAUAACAACAACAACAACAACGACUAAUUCACUCAUUCAAGUCCAAAUUAUCCAGUCUCUGACUUUUUAAGAAGAUUUCGGUCAUGAUGCUGAGACCGAAGGAUUUGUGUCAGGGCUCUGGCACAAAAACUUUCCUGGAGGCCAUGCAGAGUGGCAAAGUUCACCUCGCUCGAUUCGUCCUGGACGCUUUGGAUGGACGCAUCAUCAACUCGAAAGCCGAAAACAGUCGUACGCUUCUGAUGUUCGCAGUGUGCCUUCAAGAUAACGCAAACAGAUCAAAGUUCACCCAAUUAUUGAUGGAAAAAGGUGCGGAUGUAAACAUUCGGGAUGACCAUGGCCGCACUGCCUUGAGUCUCGCUUGUGAACAAGGCCACUUGGAUGCCGUAAAGCUCCUCGUGCAGUUCAACGCCGAUCCUGAAAUCACAGACACUUGGGGAAACAGUGCGCUCAUGUACGCCGCCUGUGGGGGACACAGUCAAGUCCUUGAGUUCCUGGUUAGGGCAUUCAAGAAGCUUGGGCUACGGUUAGAGCGCACCAACCAUGCAGGCCAUUCCGCCCUGCAAGUGGCGGACUUCUUUGGACACAACGAGUGUGUUCAAGCCCUUAAUGGUUAUGGAAAGAAGGCGGUAAGUCUGACCGACAGCUCUGAAGAACCUGUAGAAGAUCUCAGGUGGCCCAAUCGACUUCCCAAGCAAGUUCUAGAGCGCUUCUCCAAACAAAUCCAGAACAGAAAUGAAGAUCUUUUCCCAGCCUUGUUUCAGAGACAGCUACGCGUGGGAGACGGCAACAGCCUGCAAAUUCGUUUCAGACGUCAACCGCCAUCCCCUGACGGAGCGGAUAUGAACUAUUGCCAAACUUUGAACAGAUUGGAGGAGAGACGUCCAACUGAAGAUGGACAGGAUAUCUUGUUUGCUUCAAAACAGAUUCAAAACUCUGUUCUGAAAGAAGUGGGCACCACCAGAAGUUUGGAUUUCAAUCCAGAACGGCUCAAACACGAGAAUGAAGAUGCUCCCAUCUGGGGGAAAGCCAAAUCCAUUAAUUUGGACCUCAGAACCGGCCGGAAACAGUCCUAUCAAGGUGAAGUACACGAAAUCAACAGGUCUGCCAGUAAAUUCAAAAGAGCGUCGCUUCAGGAUGAGAAACCUCUUGUGGCAAAGUUGUACUGCCGUGACAACAUGAAGAUAAAUGAUGCUGUGAAAUCAGAACACCUUGGAGGAUUUGAGAAAUCCCAGAUUGGUGAGAUUAAGGGUAGAAAAGAGCGUGAUGGUACUUCCAAAACAGGCAGACAGAACAAGCUUCUCUUCAAUCGAGAAGAACUUGAACCUGAGAGAAUCAAACCUCAUCCCUCCGGACUUGCUGGAUUUGGAACCAGGCUGCUCCGUAGAUUCACAGCUCCAGAAUUUUUGAGGCACAUCAGGGACUGUCCGACCGAGGCGGGCCAGAAUUCGAAAGCCAAGAUGUCCCGGUCCGAAACCUUUCCAUUCUCACACACUCAUCAGAGAGUGAAUAGCCAGCCGAGUGUGGACAGCAUCAGCGGGGUGAGAUGCGAAUUUGAGAGUAAUUCUGCUUUAUUUCACCCUUAAGUGUGUGAUAAUGAACAUAUUUCUAUUAAGAUAACUUGGACUCUGUGGAAGCCUCGUAUAUAAGCAUUUAAAUACGAAUUUUGUGACUUUUAAGUGGCUUCUUCAUGGCUUGCAUUGGGGUGCCAAAGCUCCACUCAACGUCAACGUCAAGCGAAGCUGUGCCCUCCAACUGAUUAGCGCCUUAUUUAAUUCAUAAAUGUGUUAUAAUGAAUAUAUUUCUAUUAAAAUAUCUUGUACUCUGUUGAAGCCUUGUUUAUAAGCAUUUAAAAAUGAAUUUUGUGACUUAUGUGGCUUACACAUGCCUCGCAUUGUGGGGACGCCAACACUCUACUCAAUGCCAUCGGCAAGCGCCGCUGUGCCCUCCAUGUUACUAGCAUCUCAGAUUGAGUAAUUCUGCUUUAUUUCACUUUUAUAUGUGUGAUAAUUAAUAUAUUUCUAUUAAGAUAAAUUGGACUGUGGAAGUCUUGUAUAUAGGCAUUUAAAGAUGAAUUUUGUGACUUUUAAAUGGCUUCAACGUGGCUCGCGUCAGGGCGCCAACGCUCCACUCAAACGCCAUGGUAUCCUCUAAGUGACUGGCAUUACAGAUUAGAGAGUAAUUCUGCCUUAUUUUACUCAUAAAUGUGCAAUUAUGAAUAAAUUAUAUUAAGAUAACUAUAACUCUGUGGUAGCUUCAUUAAGGCAUUUAAAUGUGAAUUUAAAGAUAUUUAUGACUCCACGUUAGCAUCAAGCACCACUAUCCCCUUCACAAAACAAGCAUUGCUUCAAAAUGACAAACAUUAUUCAAGUCUCUUCAAACAUUUUGACAGAUUAUAAAUAGUUCUUGUUGCUUUGUAAUCUAAAAGACAUCACUAGUGAGACAAAAACAUGUGUGGAAAGACACUUCGGUGUAAAGUUGGACCAGACUUUGGCUAUUGCUUAGUAAAUUGUCCGCUAAUCAUUGUCUGAUGCUUCAUCCAAGUUUAAUUUCAAAGUUGGAACUUACUGUUUGAACUUGAAGCAUCACGUUACAAUGCUUAAAGAAAACAUGACGCAGUGUCGAGGGCAAUGCUGACACUUCAUAGACACAGCACUGUUGCAAGUUAUGUGUACAGAAACAACACCCAGGUGUUUAACAUUUAUCAACUGCCAUGUACUUAAUGAAUGUAAUAACUUUGGCUCUUUGCAUCUCUCAAGGUCAAUCAUUGCCUCUGUAGAUGUGCUUUAUUAUUAUUGCAGACAUUUUGCACCGUAAAAGAGUGUCUGUGUUCUGUUGGGUGCCUACAUGCAUCGUAAAUAGCUUCAUCACAAUGCAUGCAUGUUAUAUUUUUUAUAAGUAUAUGUUUUCUUGAAAGAAAAAUUUGAACUUUGAAUAAAAAGUGAAAUAUAUACACAGAAAAUUGUGAUUUGUAUGGAUUAACAAUUCUGUAUUGUAUAUAUGUAUGCCUAUCUAUAAUGUAAAUAUGUUUAUAUACUGUAUCUUUGCUUUUUUUGAUAGACAAAUAUAUUAAUAAACUUAAAAAUAAAACUAAUAAAGCUUAAAGCAUC